GCCCGACAACUACAUUCCCCACAAUGCACCGCUGCCUCCCUCGCUCUCUCUCUCUCCCACAUUGACUCCAGUGGACAACAAGCCCGCCCACCCCACGUGACUGAAAGUUGGAGCAGCUCAGCGUCUCCUCAAUUGUUGCUCGUUUGCUCCGUGCGGGUAAGAUUAAGGAUCUGCUUCUCUGGAGAUGUUGUCCAUGUCCUGCAAGUUAUUUUGACUUUUAAUUUACCUCUGCCCAUCAAUAAGGGGGCAACCAGCAAUCCAGCUACAAUGUAUACAUUCCUACCAGAGAAUAUCACACCAGUGAAACAAAAAGCAUCUAAAGAACAGAAGUCUAUGAUCGGCGCCAUCAUCCUGGGCCUGAUCUUGGUUAUCGCAGCUGUGGUCUCCUGGUGUUACUACUCCGUCUCCCUUCGCAAAGCAGAGCGUUUAAAGACUGAGCUGUUGGAUCUAAGAAAAGAUGGCUUCGUUAUACGCAACCAACAAGGCAGACAGGUUUUCCGGGUCACUUUUGAGUCUGGGGUUUUGGAUUUGGAGUCUUGUUCAAAGUAUGGGGAUAUUUUAACCUGCACCAAAUCAGAUAAAGGGAAACUGAACUUCUUCAUCCAGACUGUCAAUCCCAAAGAUACCGUCAUGUGCUACAGAGUCAGAUGGGAAGAAUUUGUGGAGGACACAGAGGUCCAGCAUACAAUGUAUUGGGAUGAUGCUCAUUGGUAUGGAGGGGCGGAAAUGAGCACCCAACACUGGCCAAUUAAACUCUUCGGAUAUCAAGAGCCCAAACCUUUUGUGACCAGUGACGUUUAUUCUUUCAGAGACCGAUUUGGGGGAAUACUCGAGAGGUACUGGCUCUCGUCAAAUGCAGCGGCUAUUAAAAUAAAUGACUCUGUACCUUUCCAUCUUGGCUGGAACAGCACAGAAAAAUCUCUUUUCUUUGAAGCAAGAUAUAAAGACUCCCCCUACAAAGCUGCACCUGGACACCAUCCCUUCCCAGAACUUAGCUACAGGGUUUGUGUGGGCUCCGACGUCACCUCAAUCCAUAAGUACAUGGUGAGGAGGUAUUUUAACAAACCCAUGAAGAUACCUGCAGAAAACAACUUUAAAUACCCUAUAUGGUCUACUUGGGCCUUGUAUAAAACUGAUAUUGACCAGGACAAGUUGCUGCGCUUUGCAGAAAAGAUUAAGAAAAACAAAUUUAACUACAGUCACAUAGAAAUAGAUGAUAUGUACUCCAAAACGUACGGGGACUUUGAUUUUGAUCCCGUCAAGUUUCCAAAUGCAACAGAAAUGUUUGCAAAGAUGAAGGAAGACGGCUUUAAUGUGACUCUUUGGAUUCAUCCAUUUAUCAAUUACAACUCUUCCAAUUUUGGAGUGGGCAUAGAAAGGGAACUGUUUGUUAAGGAGCCAAACGGUCGGCUUCCAGCAAUGGUCCAGUGGUGGAACGGUAUCGGGGCUAUACUUGAUUUUACCAACCCCAAUGCAAGAGACUGGUUCCAGAACAACCUAAAAAGGCUCAGGACUAAAUAUGGAAUUUCAUCUUUUAAGUUUGAUGCUGGGGAGACCAGUUAUCUACCUGAACAGUUUAGCACCUACCGACCUCUGUCUGAUCCGAGCAUGUUUAGUCGGAGGUACACUGAAAUGGCCAUUCCCUUUUAUGACCGUGCCGAGGUGAGGGUUGGCUACCAAUCACAGAACAUAUCUUGCUUUUUCAGAAUUAUUGAUCGAGAUUCUGUUUGGGGAUAUGAACUGGGGCUAAAGUCACUGAUACCUACAGUUCUCACCAUAAGCAUGCUGGGAUACCCUUUUAUCCUGCCUGAUAUGAUUGGAGGGAACAUCUACACCAAUGGUACACUGAAUCCUGACAAGAUUCCUGACCGGGAGCUGUACAUCAGAUGGUUGGAGCUCUCUGCUUUUAUGCCAUCUAUGCAGUUCUCUGUGCCCCCUUGGCUUUAUGACCAAGAGGUGAUUGAAAUUGCUCAGAAGUUCACCCAGAUACAUGCUACACUAGUAGCCCCCCUAUUACUGGAGCUGGCUGGAGAAGUUACUGACACCGGAGAUCCCAUCAUUAGACCCAUCUGGUGGAUCUCUCCCAACGAUGAAACUGCACAUAAAAUAGAUUCUCAGUUCCUCAUAGGAGACACCUUGAUGGUGGCACCAGUCUUGGAGCCGGGGAAGCAGGAAAGGGAUGUCUACCUUCCAGAAGGCCAUUGGAGGAGUUACAAAGGGGAAUACUUCCAAUCAACUCCUGUCCUUCUUACAGACUACCCAGUGGAUUUAGAUGAAGUUGCCUAUUUCAUUUGGGUAUCAGAAGAAAAAGUCAACACUUAGUAUUAAGCUCUGCAUUGAGUGAAAGACGUUUGUUAACCUUGGAUACACAUUGUGCAGAUCUAACUUCGUAUCACCUGGAUCUCAUGCAACUUUCUCUGCAUUCUGGGUUGGUGUGUUUUUGUUUUUAUUGUGGGUUAUUGGCAAAAUGUAGGGCUUAGGGUACCCCUUUGUGGAUUUAAAUAUUGGUCUUUGAGCUUAGUGUAAGCACAGUGCUUUGCUCCUAUAGAUUUCAAAGAACAGUACCAUACAUAUCUGGGCCUGCUUAUUAGGUCCCAAAAGGGUAAAUGGAGGGCUGCUCUCCAUUGUAUCAUGCAUUAGGGGAGUGUCACAUGGGGCUGGUUUUUUUUUUUUUUUUUUUUUUUUUUUUUUUUUUUAGGUAUGCAGGCCAUCCACUUGCCUCUGGUCAUUUGUCUGGCAGCACCCACAGGCACUUCAUCUGUAUGUUUUUGUAUGUGUCUGUAUAAGUAUGCAUUUUUGUGCUGUGUGUCUGCACCCAGUCACUGUGCUUGCGGGUGCAGACAUACGAACAAGCAAAACCAGUGGAUCGGCUGAGUCUUUCAGGCCAAAAAUCACCCCUAUGUUAGCAAAACCCUUACUCAAAUCGACUUUCAUUUAGACAAAUGAAUUGUUACAAAUUACAAAGCUAAAGUUUUUGAUUUUACUAUUAUUAAUGUUCAUUUAAGGUUAUGUUAGGACUCUAUUGCCAUCUCUCUAUCAUUUGGUAACAGGAUGAUAAAAGUCUUGGAAUAUAGGGGCACAACUUCAUGUAUGCUGCCUUGAAUUGCAAUAUGUAGGGAGGGGUGUGUGUGUUUAUCUUCAGCAGAGGAUUCAAUAAGGGAAUAUCUCCAGUACAGCCCUCAGCUCUGUAAUAAGCUGAUCUCUGGAGAAUGUAUCAGUUGUUGGCUCAUCUAACAUAUGGGACACUAGGGAACACUAGAGUAGAUAUAGAUCGUUUUCCUUGGGAAACUGGGGACAUAUUUGGCUCCCUGAAUACUAUCUGCUAUCUCCUCAUGUGGUGGGGGCCCAGACUGGAUCUUUUAAAAUGAAUGUACCUGUGUUCAGUCGAACCCAGGCUGAACAGUUGGAGGCGACUUUGCAGUUAUCCAUACAACCCUGACUAUUAUUGGACUGUUUGUCCUUACAUUAACUUUGUACAAGUACAUUUUCUCGGUGAACCUACAUAGAAAAGAGCUGCUCUUGAGACUUCACUGGAAGACGGAAGGUCUAAAGAUUACUUAUGUGCCAAAAUGAUGGAUAACUAGUCUCAACUCUCUUGCACUUGUCUAUAAAAUGUAUCACUUGCUGGAAAUGUGAUUUUUGUUGUACAGUCGUAUAAUUGAUUGGAAUCGAGCAAUUGUCCGGUGGUGCUGAAAGCCUGGAUACCAAGGAGCUGUGCAGUGUUUGGCCACGUUUCUACUUUUACUCGCUUUUCAGACCAACAACCUGAUUAAAAAAUUAAGCUCCUCUUCACUUUCUCAUCUGUUGGUCCUCCAUGCACUGACUGACUGAUGCUGCAUCACCAUAUAACAAUUUCAACUCAUCGUCAAACUGACCUGUAUCCAGGGAAUAUCAAUGUGUUUGAGCCGUCCAGACAGCAUGCCGGUACUGAAAGUAGUAUCUUUAUAUCCAGCAUAACUCGUACAAUUGUGAUACCUGUCCCCCCAAUGUUUUCAUGUGAUUGCACAUUGUUGCCUUUGGUCUCUUCUGGCAGAGUGUAGACUAUAACAUGCGGAUAUCAUGUCGUUGGCAGUUGUAAGCGUAUUGCAACUAAGCUGCACAUCUUUAUUUUAUGCUAUUAAUCCCUUUGCUCUUUCCUUGUGCCUUAUUAGCCAUGUAGAAGGUGCCAAGCAUGAAUGGAUUGCCUGGCACAGGACUGGACAUGAGAAUAUAUAAGGAAGCUGGGAAAACUCUUCACUAUUUAAUAGUAAAUAAAAGCUCAUAAGGAACUUACAAUCUGUUACUAACCAAAGAAAUCCCCACCCUUCUACAGCCCACUUAUUUGUUCUAAGAUACUUUGUUAUACAAUCUAAGCCUGAAUAUACUGCCCUGCCAUCUCUCAACCAGACAGUUAUUUGGGGUCUUGCCAGAUUCUUGCCACGUUUGACGUCUGUGCAGCCAUUUUGACCCAGAUCAUUGGAAGCCCAGCAGCCGCCCUUACUGUGGAAUGAGUAUCCUGUUCCUGAACUUGUGUGUUUGAACUUGUGUGCCUGAGAGUGUUUAUCUUCUUGUUUGUUGUA